UUCAGUCCGCUGCCAGUUGUUUAAUCGUUUGGUUGUGUCCACAACACCGUCUCCACGACAACGUCGCCGUCAGGAGGAGUAUCAACAAUUGUUUUGUUGCCAAUUUGAGGAGACAAUGAAAACAAAAACCACUCGAAUCGAACACUUUUGAGUGCUUUUGAUUCAGUUAGCGAAUUGUUUUCAAAAACCAGCCGUGUGUGACAACCAAACUUAAAUCGUGAAAUAAUAUAUAGCAGAAAUUCAUUCAUAAUGGCUCAGGUGGCGGCAGGUGGUGGGGAUCGGGUUAAUGAAACCGAGAUGAAAGCAAUGGAUGCGAAUAGAUAUGCCACCAAGAAGACAAUUGCCCAGGGCAUGCUGGAUAUAGCCCUGCUGACUGCCAAUGCUUCUCAGCUAAAGUACAUCCUCCAGGUGGGCGAGCAGCAUCAGUUUUACAAGCUCAUGCUUAUACUGAUCAGUCUAUCUAUAGUACUGCAGGUCCUGUCGGGCGUCCUGAGCCUAUCCCUGAGCCUGCUGCGGGACUGCCGGCUGCACCAGCCAGAGUUUCACCAGUCGGCCAAUAUCAUAAACCAUGUCCGCACGGGUUUUGCCUUUUUCACAACGAUGAUAAAUCUAUUUAUCUCGGCCUUUGACAGUCGUCUGCCGCCGCCGCAGGGCGAGCUGCUAAACGAUGUGAACUAACUUAUAUAUCCAUGUAUAUCCCAUAUUCCGACAGCUCCUGGUGGGCAUUCUGUUUGUGGCCAUCGGCAGUCUCAACAUAAACAAGCAGCAGGAUCAGACGGCAGCGAUUAUCCUGAACGAUGUUAUUUUGGUCG